AUGGAGACGGCGAUGAGUUACGACCUGGAUAUCACGCCAAAUUAUUCGUACAUUUUCGAAUUUGAAAACGAAUUUAUUCACCAAAAUUCCAGGAAAUGGAUGACUGAAAACUGGACUGUAGCUUUCUAUUAUGUUGGGGUCUACAUGGCAUUUAUUUUCGGAGGUCAACAUUACAUGCAAAAUCGCCCUAGAUUUGAGUUACGUCGUACGCUUAUAGUAUGGAACUCCAUGUUAGCGGCGUUCAGCAUAAUGGGAGCUUGUCGGACACUGCCCGAAUUCAUCCACGUACUUCGGAACCACGGUCUCUACCACUCUAUUUGUGUGCCCAGUUUCAUCGAGCAAGACAAAGUAUCAGGGUUUUGGACGUGGAUGUUUGUAUUGUCUAAGCUGCCCGAGCUAGGUGACACGGUAUUCAUCGUGCUACGUAAGAAGCCGCUCAUCUUCCUCCACUGGUACCACCACAUCACUGUGCUGCUCUACACCUGGUUCUCUUUCACGGAGUACACGUCCUCGGCGCGCUGGUUCGUCGUUAUGAACUACUGCGUGCAUAGUGUUAUGUACUCCUACUACGCCCUGGUCAGUAUGGGAAAGUACCCGCCGAAGAUGCUGGCAAUGACCAUCACAGUCCUUCAGCUGACGCAGAUGAUUGUCGGCUGCGCCAUAAAUAUAUGGGCACACAACUACAUGACCACGGCCCCCCCUCACACGUGCCACAUCAGCCAAAUUAACAUUAAAUUAUCGAUGGCGAUGUACUUUUCGUAUUUCGUCCUCUUCGCCAGAUUCUUCUACAAAGCCUAUCUAUCUCCAAAGCUCGGUAAGAAAGCUAAAGUAGAACCCCUUCCAGAGAUCACCCCAUCGAAAAAAGAGUACAACGGUUACCCAAGACAGAGAAACGGGGUCGUCCAC